GAAUGAGGGAGCACCCUUCCAUUACUGUGUGUGACCUGGCGGACCACAUAGAGAGACUCAAGGCCAAUGACGGCCUGCGCUUCUCACAGGAGUACGAGGUAAGAUGGAGGAAUUAUCGUCCGUCAGUGUCUCUCUACCUCCUAAAGAAAAAUAGGAGAUUUAGACAUUUGCAUUUAAAGUGGCAUAUUUUCAGAAAGGAAAGCCUAUAGGAAGAGCAGGAGGUUAGUUGUCUGUGGGCCAACUAUCCUUCGAACAUUCAACAAUAACAUUCUAGUUUUUAUUUGUUGUGUAAUGGGAUGGAACUCUCUUGGUGCCAACAUGAUGUGUGUUAGAAUUCUACAUUUCAGAGUUUGCUCAGUAUACUCUAUCUGUAGUUCUGGGCUGGCUAAUUCCCAGGUAGAGUACCCUAGGAGUUUAGGGAUUGUUGGCAGGCUGGUGCUUGUGUCAUCCAGGAUAUGGUACUCUUGCUAUAAUGAGCAUAGUUUGUCAAUCACAGGCUGUUUUCGCCCUGUGGUAGUGAUCUGCUGCCGUCUAGCCUGCUCUCAUAGCUCUAUCAUUAUCUGCAUUGAACACUCUCCUCUCCGGCAUGUCCGAGAGAGAUGUGCCAGCUUGGCGCUUUGCUUUCUCUCCUCUUCUCCCCCCGACUCUACCUGAGUGUUUGCCAGAGACCGUCAGUCUAGCAUGCCCGCUCUUUGCUGUUUUCUCAAAACUGGAGAACGCCUGUGACAUUUUUUCACUGCAAAAUAAAUGUUUCUUCACGAACAGGCAGGCAGGCAGACAAAUUGAUGAUGUGGUGGCUGUAGUGGGACAUCAUAUAAAUGAUGUCCCACUACAGGGUUGUUUAUGCCUCUGUAACAGUUUAGCUUUGUUUACUGUGGAGGAGGAAGUUAAUGUGGAGAUUCUAUUGCAGGAGAUUUUGAUGGUAAUAAAGACCAUACACACGCAGACACAGGCAGCCUAAUGGACUAAUGCGGUACAAAGAGCAGAGUGUUGGUCCUACUCUGACAUUAUCAAGCAGUGGGGGGAAAGAGGCUGUUGCUGUAUCACCCAAAGAUCAAUACAAAUCCAAGACCUGGUUUGCGUCCCAAGUGGUAUCCUAUUCCCUAUAUAGUGCUCUACCUUUGACCAGGGCCCAUAGGGACGCAUAUUUGGUGUCGUCGCUUCAGCCCUCAGCCACGACGAGCUGCAGGACGCAAGACAGAGAGAGAGAGCGAGAGAACAAGGGAGAUAAGACAGAGAGAGGGAGGAGAGAGAGAGAGGUAGAAGGGGGGAAUGAAGAGAGAAGGCAAAGGAGAGGGAGGGGAGAGAGAGAGGGUGUGGGGGAUGGAGGAGAGAGAGAGGUUGGGGUGGAGGAGAGAGAGAGAUGGAGACAACAAAAGAGAGAGGGGGUAGAGAAGUAAGAUGGCAACCUUUAGCUGAUUACUGUGAAGUUAGCAGUGGUAGUAAUUCAAUAUGGCCGCCCUCAGGGGAGUGGAAGAGAAGAGGCUGGGAGCCUGUAGCCUGACUGCCUGUGAAGCCUUUAUUUAACCCCCUGUUGGAAUGCAAUGACUGGUGAUGUAUUACCUACCCUCUGUGAUAGCCUGAGGAUUUAAUAUCUCUUUCCCUGUCUUUUUCACUUUCUCGCUCUGUCCAUCUCAAUCUCCAUCUGUCUAUCUCGAUCUUUCUUUAAUCUCUCUCAUUCUCUCUCUCUCCCUCCCUUUUCUCAUUUACAUUUAUAUUUUUAGUCAUUUAGCAGACACUCUUAUCCAGAGCGACUUACAGGAGCAAUUAGGGUUAAGUGCCUUGGUCAAGGGCACAUCGACAGAUUUUUCACCUAGUCGGCUCAGGGAUUAGAACCAGCGACCUUUCGGUUACUGGCACAACACUCUUAACCACUCUCCUACUCUCUCUCCUCUCUCUCUUAUCUCCAUCAGUCCAUAGAUCCUGCCCAGCAGUUUACCUGGGAGAAUUCCAACAUGGAGGUCAACAAACCAAAGAACCGCUAUGCUAACGUCAUAGCUUAUGACCACUCCAGAGUUGUCCUGACAUCUGUCGACGGUCAGAGGCCUUCAGCUAUUUGACCUAUUACAGCCAUUAUUCAGGAUUGAGGUGUUCAGUUGCUCUGUAAAUUAUUGAUGUCUAAUGUAUUUAUCUCUAUGGUGGAGUCUCUACACUCUUAGAUUCAUGCAGUUAUUGAAUUACCAAACUAUAUCAUGAAAAAAACAUACAUUUACUGUAUCUCAUACCUUCUCAUUCUUCUCUCCCUUAGCUGUUCCUGGUAACGACUACGUCAACGCCAACUAUAUAGACGGCUACAGGAAGCAGAACGCCUACAUCGCUACUCAGGGCCCGCUUCCUGAAACCCUCAGUGACUUCUGGAGGAUGGUGUGGGAGCAGAGAGCUCACACUAUAGUCAUGAUGACACGAUUGGAGGAGAAGUCCAGAGUGAGUAGACACUAUAGAGAUACAGUGCCUUGCAAAAGUAUUCAGACCCCUUGGCUUUCUUCACAUUUUAUUGUGUUACAAAGUGGGAUUAAAAUGGAUUUGAUUGUCAUUUUUUUGUCAACAGUCUACAACAAUACUCUCUAAUGUCAAAGUGGAUGAAAAAUUCUAAAACACUUUUAAGAUGAAUUAAAAUGAAAUAACUAAAAUAUAGUUGUUGCGUAAGUAUUCAACUCCCUGAGUCAAUGCAUGCUAGAAACACGUUUGGCAUCGAUUACAGCUGUGAGUCUUCUUGGGUAAGUCUGUAAGAGCUUUGCACACCUGGAUUGUGCAAUAUUUGCCCAUUAUUCUUUUCAAAAUUAUUCAUGUUCUGUCAGGAUGUUGGGGAUCAUGGCUAGAGAGCAAUUUCAAUAGAUUUAAGUCAAAACUGUACCUUGGCCACUCAGGAACAUUCACUGUCUUCUUGGUAAGCAACUCCAGUGUAGAUUUGGCCUUGUGUUGUAGGUUAUUGUCCUGUUGAAAGGUGAAUUAAUCUCCCAGUCUUAGAACACUAAUAAUGACCUAAAUGACAGAGUGAAAAGAAUAAUAAAAAUAUGCAGAAUAUUCCAAAACAUGCAUCCUGUAUGCAACAAGGCACUAAAGUCAUACUAAAUGCAAAGCCUUAUGUUUGGGGCAAAUCCAACACAACACACCACUAUGUAACUGUCUCCUUAUCUUCAAGGUGGUGGCUGCAACAUGAUACGGGUAUGUUUGACAUUGGCAAAGACUGGGGAGUUUUUCCAAAAUAAAUGGGAUGGAGAAACUCCCCAAAUACAGGUGUGCCAAGCUUGUAGCGUCAUACCCAAGAAGACUUGAGGCUGUAAUCACUGCCGAAGGUGCUUCAACAAAGUACUGAGUAAAGGGUCUGAAUACUUAUGUAAAUGUGAUAUUUCCGUUUUUUAUUUGUAAUACAUUUGUAGAAAUUUUUAACAACCUGUUUUUGCUUUCUCAUAACGCAGUGUUUUGUGUAGAUUGAUGAGGGGGAAAAAACAACAAUUUAAUGCAUUUUAGAAAUACUUUCCGAAUGCACUGUAUGCGAAUAGUUAUGCACGCCGAAGUUUUCUGUUUUUUUGUCUUAUUUCUUGUUUGUUUCACAAUAAAAAAUAUUUUGCAUCUUCAAAGUGGUAGGCAUGUUGUGUAAAUCAAAUGAUAGAAACCCCCCCAAAAUCAAUUUAAAUUACAAGUUGUAAUGCAACAAAAUAGGAAAAACGCCAAGGGGGUGAAUACUUUUGCAAGGCACUGUAUGGAGAUUGGAGCUAGUCAACAGCAUGCACUGGGCCUGUCCCAAAUGGCAUCCUAUUCCCUGUAUACUACACUACCUUUAAACCAGGGCCCGUAUGGCUCUGGUCAAAAGUAGUGCACUCUAUAGGGAACAGGGUGCCAUUUGGGAUGCUGACCCUGUCUGUCUGGUUGGUCUGUGCUCGCUAUAUUCCGAGGACAGAUUGAACAGCACAUUGAAAAUAAUGUGGACUGUGUCAGACUGUCAGUGUACGUGAUUGGUCUUCUUUCUGUUCUUGUAAUCGGUCAUGUCAUGGUGUAUAAAGCAGACCUGGGGUUCAAAUAUUAUUUGUUUUCUUUCAAAAUCCUUUAGCCGUGUGCUUGAUUGAGCUCAGUGGCGGCUGCUGAGGAGAUGACGGCUCAGAAUAAUAGCUGGAAUGGAGUCAAUGGAGUGGUAUCAACCACAUGGAAACCACGUCUGUGAUGUGUUUGAUACCGUUCCAUUGACUCCAUUCCAGCCAUUAUUAUGAGCUGUCCUCCCCUCAGCAGUCUCCACUGAUUGAGCUUGCCUGUCAGAAUGGAACUAAACUGAAUACUCCCAAAAGUGCAAACUCUGCCUAUCUGGCACUCCAAGGUAAGCUCAAUCAAACGCUGAAAGUAUUUGAAAAGAAAACAAAUACUAUUUGAACCCAGGUGUGAAUUUGGGUUGUGUCAGGUCUGGUCUGUGUGCAUCUGUCAUGGUAUAUAGUCGUUAGCCCUAGUGAUUAGCCCUGGCCCCUCUACCAUCAGGCCUGAUUCAGUGAAAGGUUUGUCCACAGACUGAUGAGUCCAGGUGGUCUCUCCAGCUGUCCCCCACUAGUCGCCAUGUCUGGAUGAAUUAGACACAUCACAUUCAAUGCAUCCCAAAUGGCACCCUAUUCCCUAUAGUGCACUACUUUUGACCAGAGUCUUAUUGGUCCAUAGGGUGCCAUUUUCGAAAACAUUACAUUAUGUCAUAUCCCUGCAUUGCAGAACAGAGCUGUCUGGAUAGCUAACAACACAUUGCGGGUAGAGGCAAACAUAAACAAAGGAUACUGAUGAUCCAGCCGGCAAUUAGCUAAUUGAAAAUAACCGUAACGUCUGGGUUGAUAACGCAGCUUGUUGAUCUGUUCAGAAUGUUCAGCCUGUUCCACAGAGGGAUAGUGGUACCUGGUACGCCAUGUGGCUUUGGAGAGAUAUUGCGCAAUAUUGUUACUGAGAAGCUUCAUACAGUAUUUACCAUGUCUAAUUUCAACACCAACAUGAACUGACUAGGAAAGACUCUGGACCCUCAUUAUAACCUAUUAUAUAGCCUCAAGACUUUUCUAGCGCAGGUAAAACUCUGGACCAUCCUAUUUGUCUUCCUGUUGUAACUGACUGUUUCCUUCCUCUACCAGGUGAAGUGUGACCAGUACUGGCCAGUCAGAGGGACAGAGACGUACGGGAUGAUACAGGUGACCAUGCUGGAUACAGUAGAGCUGGCUACAUACAGCGUACGUACCUUCGCCCUGUACAAGGUAAGGAUUAUCUCUCUUGAGCUCUCUUUCAAUCCCUCUCUGUCUUUCUCUUUUCUCUCUGUCUCUCUCUCUGUUUCUCUCGAUCUCUUUCUCUUUCUUAAUCUCGCUCUCUCUCAAUCUCUCUAUAUGUGUGUGGGUGGGUGUUAGCGUGCUGUUCUGUAUGUGAGUGUUAACUUCCAUUGCACUUUACUUACUGUAUAUGGAAGCACCUCUGUUUCAUCCUCUCCAUUUUGUAUUUAUCUCCUUUUUCUCUUAUCUCCAUUCUGUUGCACUCCUCCUUAAUCACAAUUUGCACAAUUUCUCAUUCUACUAACUCACAUCUCAUGGUUGGUUGAAUUUUUCAGUUCAAACCCCUCUACCGCUGCAAAACACACACACACACACACACACACACACACACACACACACACACACACACACACACACACACACACUAUAAACACCAUGACAUUCUUGUUCCCUUCGUUGACUCUGUCUCUCUUCUAGAAUGGUUCCAGUGAGAAGCGUGAGAUUCGCCAGUUCCAGUUCAUGGUGUGGCCGGACCACGGGGUACCAGCGUACCCCACCCCCAUCCUGGCCUUCCUACGACGGGUCAAAGCCUGCAACCCUCCAGAUGCUGGGCCCAUGGUGGUACAUUGCAGGUAGGUUAAACAGCAGUGUUAAAGGUGUGCUGGUAGAUUACUAUAGUGAAACAGGUAAGGCAACAGUGUUAACAGAAUGGCAGAAUUAAUGUCAUGGAAGAAUGCUAUGAUAAAAGAAACAGGUUAGCAAUCACAGUAACGUUAAUAUUUAUUAUUGUCAGUUACUACUAUUGUAAUAGAGUUGUCUGAAGAUGCACACCCGCAGAAAAGUGGUUUGAGAACUUAAAAAUAACGUCGCACUCUGUAACAGGUAUAAUAACCCUGAUGGUGCCCCUCAGGGAUUAAGAACGUUUUAUUGAAUUGAAUUGAGUUAGGUCUACCUAACGUUUCCCCUUCUCUCUCCUCCCUCAGUGCAUGUUUGAUAUGCAGUAUAGUAAUAUUAACCCUCUUCCUCACUCUCUUUUGCUCUCUUUCUCUCUCUCUCUCGCUCUCUCUCUGUCCGUUUCUCCUCCCUCCCUAUAUCUCUUCGCCCGCCUCUUCCCUCAGUGCGGGCGUGGGUAGAACAGGCUGCCUGAUCGUGAUUGAGGCCAUGCUGGAGCGUAUGAAGCAUGAGAAGUCAGUGGAUAUCUAUGGCCAUGUGACGUGUAUGAGAGCCCAGAGAAACUACAUGGUGCAGACAGAGGACCAGUACGUCUUUAUCCACGAGGCCCUGCUAGAGGCUGCCACCUGUGGCCUCACUGAGGUCCCCGCACGCAACCUGUCCGCACACAUCCAGAAACUCACCCAGCCGCCCACAGGGGAGACCGUCACCGCCAUGGAGCUGGAGUUUAAGGUAACUACUGUAUAAUGACCCAUUCUCAAACUAACCCUUAGGACAUGCUCUAAUUAAGUCAGUGCUUCCAAGCUGUUCUUCAAGUGCCCAAAUUACUGCAUAUUUCUUUCUUACUGUAUAUUUCUUUAGUUCUAUCUCAGAACUAGCACUCCUGAUUCAACCACGCAAGGACUUGAUGAUUGAUUCUUUGAAUCAGCUGCUACAGAUCUACAUAACUAGAACAUAAAUAUACACUCCUUACUUGGAGAGCCGAGCUGUUACCUCAUUGGUCCCCCACCCUCUCUCCACCCUGUGAUUGGACAGUGACAGUUUAGUAGUUUCCUCUCUGCCUCCCGUUUGUUCAUUCUGUAAUUAGUGUCUUUAUGACCUUAUUUGUCCUGUUUGAAGUGUGGGUAAUGGUAAGUAAUGGAAACAGCAGGUGUCUACUCUCUUUCCUGCUAGCUAGAUGAAGAGACCAACGUUACACAUCCACAUUAUCUACAGUGAUCUAUCAUCUAAUGAUAGAGCGAGAGAGGUGGAAGUAGAGAGAGAGAGAGAGAGAGAGAGAGAGAGAGGGGAGAAGUAGAGAGACAGAGGGCAGGAAGAAAGGGGAAGAGAUGGAGGGAAAUAGAGAGAGGGAGAGAGAGAGAGAGAGGGGAAAAGUAGAGAGACAGAGGGCAGGAAGAAAGGGGAAGAGAUGGAGGGAAAUAGAGAGAGGGAGAGAGAGAGAGAGAGAGAGGGGAGAAGUAGAGAGACAGAGGGCAGGAAGAAAGGGGAAGAGAUGGAGGGAAAUAGAGAGAGGGAGAGAGAGAGAGAGAGGGGAGAAGUAGAGAGACAGAGGGCAGGAAGAAAGGGGAAGAGAUGGAGGGAAAUAGAGAGAGGGAGAGAGGGGGGUGAUGGUGAUUGUAGGGCUACAGCCCAACAGGCAGUCUGGCCACCACACACACAGCAACGCCAGGUCUCUGUCCUGUUCUGUCAAUCUGUGGUGUGAGAGCUGCAAGGCCCAGCACAGAGCCAGUCAUGUCACACCUAACCACUCCCACCCAUGAGAGGACAGCAGGGCUCUGAUGUAUGUUGGCCUGAUCUGGGUACUGUCGCUGUGACUAAACCUAGUAUACUGUAUCCACUACACCCAUCAAUACUAUACUGUACCAGCCUAUUACUAUUAGAUAUAGUGCUCCGUGUGCUGGCAUUUUGCAUGCUUUUAAUCACCUGCCCUGAGAAAGUAAUAUGGACUAUCCCUCUCAAAUUAAUCACCGUAUAUUAAGUACAUGUGACUGAUACCAUCUCCUCUUCUACAUCUCUCUCUUCUCCUCCUCUCUUCCCUCCCUCUCUAACAGAGACUGGCUAACUCCAAAGCCCACACCUCCAGGUUCAUCAGUGCCAACCUGCCCUGCAAUAAGUUCAAGAACCGGCUGGUGAACAUCAUGCCCUUCGAGUCGACACGCGUGUGCCUGCAGCCUAUCAGAGGAGUGGAGGGGUCUGACUACAUCAACGCCAGCUGCAUUGACGGAUACAGGUAAGUGAGCAGAACUACAGGGCAUUCUAUGCAUUGUCUAUGGAAUCAUAGGCUAGUUAAUAGGGGUUUGGAUCAGUCCAAGGGUGGGCUGGGCUGUCAUCACUUGCCCCCAUUAGCUAAUAAGGCCAAGAGCCUUCUUGAAGGGACAGGGAUGAAAUGAGGCCUCUCACAGUGGAGAGAUGGAAAGAGAUAAGAGAGGAGAUGUGAAGAGAGGUAAGAGAUGACAGCUGAUCACUUUGACGGUGGAGAGAGGGAGGAGAAAAGGAGAGCAGAUUGUUGUAACAUUAAGUUAAAUAGCAGAAUGCAGUCAGACAGAAGAUAGACAAGGAGGGAGUUUGUGAGCGUGAUAUGUCAUCCAGUCCAUAUGGGGAGGGAGGCUCAGACACACAGGUUCUUCCUCCUCUUCCCAUUCAUCCCAUAAACUUUAACACACAGCCUGUUUCUCAUCCUUAUCAGUGUUAAUGAAAGGUGCUCCCUAGAGACCCAGACUGCUUCGUCACUGUGUAAAUAGCUUAAUGACCACUGCUCCCACUAACAAGAGGGUGUGUUUUAAUGAAGUGUGCGUGUGUGUAUCCAGGUUAUGCUACACUUCUUGACAGGGAGAUGGCAUCAUCAUUAGGCUGAGGUAUCGGACUGUACCUUAGGCACAAGGCAGUCGUGUGUGCGUGUGCGUAUGUGUGUGCGUGUGGUAAAUCUCAGACAGAGAGGUCAGUGUUCUGUUCUCCUUUUCACACCCCAGUGGAGAAGGAAAAAGAGGAUGUCCUACUAUGUUCUCUGAUGACCAGCAGGAAUAAAGAGUGCUUCUUUCUUUCUUUCUUCUCAUCUCUUGCUCUCCUCUUCCCAUCCAUCCUCUCUCUAUUUUACUCCUCUCUCUUGCUAGUUUCCUUUUAUAUUUCUCCUCUCCUCUGCUCUGUUGUUAUAUUUCUUUAUUUGUGUGAGGAGCUGGGCCCAGAGCAUCACUCUAAUCUCCUGGUUCCACAUUAUUGCCUAGCCUGCAGCACCUUCAUUAGUUGUUCACCCGUGUCUCUCUUUCUCUCUCUCUCCCUACCUCUUUCCCCCCUCUCUCUGUGUGUGUGCGUGCAUGCGUGUGCGUGUUGCAUGGUACCCUGUGUUGCAUGGCACUCUACUGCCACCUACAGACAGUGAGCAGAGGUUCAUUGCCAGAAUUGAAGUCAGUCAGAAAACAUAACCUUACAUUUGACAUUUUAGUAAUUUAGCAGAUGCUCUUAUCCAGAGCGACUUACAGUUAGUUUCAAAGAUGAUUGUUAGUAGGAAGGGGGUUUUGACAGAGUGGUAGUCUAACAGAGUGUGUCUCUCUCUCUCCUGUCUCUCCACAGACAACAGAAGGCUACUUUGUAAGUUAGUUGUUAUCUGUGUAGCUGUAUUCUUACAGUCUGUUUCUCUCUCCUCUCCCCAGACAACAGAAGGCCUACCUGGCCACUCAGGGCCCUCUGUCUGAGACCACUGAAGACUUCUGGAGGAUGCUUUGGGAACAUAACUCUACCAUAGUGGUCAUGCUCACCAAAAUCAGGGAGAUGGGACGGGUAAGAUACACACACACACACACACACACACACAGAUACGGUACACACACACCACACAAUCACACCGUAUGCAUACACACACACACACACACACACACAGAUACAGUACACAUACAGAUUGUACGCACUCACGCAAAGAUGCGCGCACGCACACACACACACCCUGUUCUAACCCUGGUUGUGUGUCCCUCUGCAGGAGAAAUGUCAUCAGUACUGGCCUGCGGAGCGCUCAGCCAGAUACCAGUACUUUGUAGUGGACCCCAUGGCUGAGUACAACAUGCCCCAAUACAUCCUACGAGAGUUCAAAGUCACUGACGCAAGGGUGAGUGAGGGAGGGUUAGAGCACCUGUUUUGAAGAAGGUUUUACUUGCAAUGUGGUUGUUUUUACCUACCUUAGUUGAAUGCACUGACUGUAAGUUGCUCUGGAUAAGAGUGUCUGCUAAAUGACAAAAUGUAAAUGUAAAAUGGAGUUAAUGUUCUAUAGAGAUCAGUGGAGGGCUGCUGAGGGGAGGACGGCUCAUAAUAAUGGCUGGUGCGGAGCGAAUGGAAUGGCAUCAAACAAAUGUAAACCAUGUGUUUGAUGUAUUCAAUACCAUUCCACUCAGCGACUGCUUCUCUAACAUACUCCUCCUAUUGGUUCCCUCAGGAUGGUCAAUCCAGGACGAUCCGCCAAUUCCAGUUCACUGAUUGGCCAGAGCAAGGAGUGCCAAAGACCGGGGAAAGGUUCAUUGAUUUCAUUGGCCAAGUGCAUAAAACCAAGGAGCAGUUUGGACAGGAUGGACCAAUCACUGUUCACUGCAGGUAAGGAGCCUUGGCUGAACAGCCAAUAGAAUAAGCCCUACAAUCUUUUGGGAAGCCAUAAUAACAUCCUCUUCAAUGGACAUCAAUCUUUAUUGGAAUAAUACUAAUAUUGCCCCAUCCACACCCUUUGCAAAUGAAGCCCUGUCACCUGGGGUCGUAUUCACUGCUAAAUUUAAUGUAGCUACCCAGCCAUUCCUGUCACAUUUCACAUUACACAUUUCAGUGUAUCUUUGUGUAUGGCAAGGUGUGUGUUCAUAUGUGUGCAGAUACAAGGUGUAUAGACCCAAUCGGUAUUAGACAGAACAUCACGACCCUGCCCGCCUGUGGGGAAAACAACCUGUGGUUACCUAGGUUACCCCAUUGGCUCAUAGCAAAAACUUUAGCUUUUUCAAAUGCAAUUCUCUUGUUGUGUGCUUGAUUUAGUCAAUUACGAAACUACAUUUAAGAAAAGUACAUGUCUAAAGAUUACUUUUCAACAUUGCCUGCUCCCUAACAUAAUAUUGUAGGGCUUCCCUCAAGCCCCUUUUCAUGACGAUGCUAGCAGCCACUUGAGUGAGUGAGUGCAAGAUAGCUCCCAACCAAAACAUUAAGCUAGCCAAGAGCAACAACACAAACAAACGGACCUAGUCAUAUUAUUUUACUAUCAGCCAUUGUUGCCGUUAAUGCUCAUUCGUUAAUGCAUCUUUAAGGGCGUCUUUAUGAAGCUUGUUGGUGCAUGCUUACUUUCCAAAUAAUCCUAAUGAGGUCCAUGCAGGCCAGACGUUUUAAUUGCUAUACCCUAUCUGAAAGAGCAUAUUACAAGGUUUUUCAUUAACCUAGUUGUGCCAAACAACACUAAGAAUUCCACAGAUGUUCUCUGUUUCAAAAUAUAAUGUUUUCCUAGUAUAACCACAGCUCUAUGCCUACCGAUGACAAUGAGCUAAUACCCAUUUGGGGAAAAUAUCCUUUCUAUUUUAUUCUGUUAUAUUCCAUCAUAUUCUUAUUUUAAAAUAUAUGUGUGACUGUGGUAGGGCUUGGGAAUAUAAGCGUGUGAUGUCUGCUAAAUGAACAAGUUAAUUUCAUUGACAUGGCACAGCUUUAUCCUCAGCUACUAUAGCACAGAUAAAUACAUCUUAAAACAUGCAAUUAUGUUCUUUUGAAAUAAAAUGUUUUAAUAAUCAUGUGUUUUAUGACCUUCCUAAACAUAAUAUUAAUGGAUUUAUUUGUGAUUGUGUAUAUGAAAUUGAUUUAUUAGACUGGCAGCUAUUGGUAGGCUACUCAUCGCGUCCUGGCUAUUCUAUUGUUAAUAUGCAUACGGUGCAGCAGACCUUAAUGGCGCUUUGAGGAUGAAAUGCUCCGAAAGUUUUUGUCUUUUAUGAUAUUUAUCUCAAUGUAGGCCUACUGCUAGAGUGUAAAAACCUGAUAGUGUAACACCACAACAGUUUUAGUAAGUAAUAGGUUACAGUCCAGUUACAGCUUCUUCUGACAAAGUAGAAACAAAAAAAUAAGUGUAUAUUUUCAGGUGUGCGCGCGGGACAGAGGAAGAGCAAUUCUUACACUAUUGUUCAAAAUUCAAUCACCCUCUUCUUCUUCAUCUUCCUCAUUCAAAUUAAAUUGUGAAGUCAUGUGCACAAUUAUCAGUUUCUAUUUGGUUUAUAUCACCCAUUCAUUGACGUCAUUCAUUCAGUGAGGAGAGAGACACAUUAGCGCCUGGGGACCAACAUUUUAAACUGUACCCAAAAGCAUAAUCAGAUCUCCAACUCCCCCUUGCAGUGGUCUGGAGCAAUGAAGCAGUGACGCAGUGUAACGUACUAUACCACAAUUUACCUCAAUGUCCCACGGCAUAAUCUAAAAACUUUUAAUUGAGGAACCACCGGACAUGUACAUUGAACAACACAGCAGCUUUUCAGCAUGUUUUGUUAUUUCUGUAUAACAACAAAUCUACUACGAAGUUGCCUCUUUUACAAUGGGGGUCAAUAGGAAAGAAUGUUGAUUUCUCCACAUUUCUGGACGUGGUCUAAGGGAAUUCCUUUUUAUUACGUAAUACCUACUGGGACUAUGAAGUGUGUGUUAAAGUCUGUGUUCCUCUUUCUCAGUGCCGGGGUGGGCAGGACCGGGGUCUUCAUCACUCUGAGUAUCGUGCUGGAGAGGAUGAGGUACGAAUGGGUGGUGGAUCUCUUCCAGACCGUCAAGACGCUACGCACCCAGAGACCUGCCAUGGUGCAGACAGAGGUAUGGAGGACUAGACUGCAAAGUAGGGGUUUCAAACAUACGGCCUGCGGGUCGGAUCAAGUCCAAUCCAGCCUGCGGAUGGUUUGAGUAAAAAAGUUACAAGUUAUUUUUUACAUUGUAGAAUAAUAGUGAAGACAUCAAAACUAUGAAAUAGCACAUAUGGAAUCAUGUAGUAACCAAAAAAGUGUUAAACAAAUUCUUGAGGGAAACCUGUUUCAGUCUUCCAGAGAUUUGAGACUGGGACGGAGGUUCACCUUCCAGCAGGACAAUGACCCUAAGCAUACUGCUAAAGCAACACUCGAGUGGUAUAAUCAGAUCUCGAGUGGUAUAAUGUGGUCCUCUGUAGCUCAGCUGGUAGAGCACGGCGCUUGUAACGCUAAGGUAGUGGGUUCGAUCCCCGGGACCACCCAUACACAAAAAUGUAUGCACGCAUGACUGUAAGUCGCUUUGGAUAAAAGCGUCUGCUAAAUGGCAUAUUAUUAUUAUAUUAUUAGUAUAAGGGGAAACAUUUAAAUGUCUUGGAAUGGCCUAGUCAAAGCCCAGACCUCAAUCCAAUUGAGAAUCUGUGGUAUGACUUAAAGAUUGCUGUACACUAGCAGAACCCAUUGAACUUGAAGGAGCUGGAGCAGUUUUGCCUUGAAGAAUGGGCAAAAAUCCCAGUGGCUAGAUGUGCCAAGCUUAUAGAGACAUACCCCAAGAGACUUGCAACUGUAAUUGCUGCAAAAGAUGGCUCUACAAAGUAUUGACUUUGGGGGGUGAAUAGUUAUGCACACUCAAGUUUUAUGUUUUUUUGUCUUAUUUCUUGUUUGUUUCACAAUUAACAAAUAUUUUGCAUCUUCAUAAUGGUAGGCAUGUUGUGUAAAUCAAAUGAUACAAACCCCCAAAAAAUACAUUUUAAUUCCAGGUUGUAAGGCAACAAAAUAGGAAAAAUGCCAAGGGGGGUGAAUACUUUCGCAAGCCACUGUAAAUCACCCAGAAAGUAUACCUCUCUAUUGAUAUCACAUACAUUAUCAAGCAUUUCACACAUGUUAUCCAGAUACUGACUGUUAGCACUUGGUGGUCUAUAGCAGCUUCCCACCAGAAUUGUCUUUAGGUGAGGCAGAUUAACCUGUAUUUAACAGUAUUUAACAUGAGAUCCUCUCUAAUCUUCACAGGAAUGUGGUUCUGAAAUUAUACAGCAACACCUCCACCAUUGGCAUUUCUAUAUUUUCUGUAAAUGUUAUAACCUUCUAUUGCUACCACUGUAUCAUCAAAUGUAUUAUCUAAGUGAGUUUCAGAGAUAGUUAGAAUAUGAAUGUUAUCUGUUACUAGCAAAUUAUUGAUUUCAUGAACCUUGUUUCUUAAGCUACAUAUGUUUAACGUGGGCUAUUUUGAGCACUUUUCUUCUGGGAUGCUUACUUGUUUUUAUUGCUUUACUGGGAAGCUUAGCAGCAGUAGAUAUGUUCAUGUUCUUUAUGUUAGUGCAGGGUGAGUUGCAAACAGUGGACUUCAUCCUAGGCCACACCGGCUCAGUCCUAACAGUAUAAAUCUGGUUCUUACAACCUUAUACAUUAGUUGUAGGAUCAGCAGAGGCAUUCAGGGCAGUUAGAGGGACAUAAAUUAGGUGACUUAUAUUGUGUCUACCGACGCCACUGGGGUAAUGUACAUUUGCUGAAGCAUUAUGACAACAGUUGAGCUGGGCUUGGGUCAUUAAUAAGUCAUUGUCUCAACGCAGCCUUAUAAUGCUGUGAAAGGAUCCAGGAACCCAAAUGAUUUGGGUGGAUCCCAUCCUCCUUAUAAAACGUGUUUUGUUUCCAAAAGGUAUCGAAAUUGUCAACAGAAGUUACACCCAUUGAGCUGCAAUAAUGACGUAGCCAGUUAUGAAGUGCAAGUAUCCUGCUAAAGCAUUCAAUGCCACGACUCAGAACAGAUAUGAUUGGUUUUUUGUUGGUGUCUAGCAGAGAGUCAAUCAGCUCUUUAAAAUCAAGUUUCAACUGUUCAGAGCUCCUCUACAUAAUGUCAUUAAAACCCACAUGGACUACGAUAGAAUCGAUUUCCAUCUCCUGACGUUGUACAUUCGCAAGCAGCUUAGUAAUGUAAUGUAAUUUACACGCGCUCCGGGAUAGGACAUUGAUUUUGCACCAGGAACGGUCACAUUUCUUACCAUGGAGCUGCCCAAAAUCACGGCUUGUGAGAAGGACGAGGAAAUCCGGCCACUCCCACGCUUCACAGGAUUCGGAGAACACUUUACGGAUGGGCGAGAGGCAGGAUAACUUGAGCCCGUUGCUCCCAGCGUCUGGUGCAGGCCUCCGACAGAUGGAGAAGCCCUGCUCCAGUACGGCGUAACUAUUCGUUGUUUGUAUCUGCUCCGGGCCUCUCAUUGGGAGUGUAGACCAUGCGACCAUCGUUGAUUGCCUUUCUCCUCAUGCUGUGCUCCUUCGACUCCGCUAUCAGAUGGGGGAGAUCCGGGCAACACCAGCCAGUCGGUGUUGAUCUCUGCAUGUGUGGUUCCCACCGUGAAUCAUGGAGGAGGAGGUGUGAUGGUGUGGGGGUGCUUUGCUGGGGACACUGUCGGUGAUUUAUUUAGAAUUCAAGGCAUACUUACCCAGCAUGGCUACCAUAGCAUUCUGCAGUGAUACGCCAUCCCAUCUGGUUUGGGCUUAGUGGGACUAUCAUUUGUUUUCCAACAGGACAAUGACCCAAAACACCUUCAGGCUAAGUAAGGGCUAUUUUACAGAGAAGGAGAGUGAUGGAGUGCUGCAUCAGAUGACCUGGCCUCCACAAUCCCCCGACCUCAACCCAGUUGAGAUGGUUGGGGAUGAGUCGGACCGCAGAGUGAAGGAAAAGCAGCCAACAAGUGCUCAGCAUAUGUGGGAACUCCUUCAAUACCGUUGGAAAAGCAUUCCAGGUGAAGCUGGUUGCGAAAAUGCCAAGAGUGUUUAAAGCUGUCAUCAAGACAAAGGGUGGCUAUUUGAAGAAUCUGUAAAAAUAGUAAAAAUAAAGAAAAACCUUGGACAGUAGCUUCUUGAGGAAGGGCGGGCAGCUGGAUGAGUCAAGCAACAGGCCUGACGUAGGUUAUGUCCUUGAAUUCGAUCUUCACUUUCCCGUCUGCUCCAGGGAUAAGUGACUUGACAGUUCCAACUUGCCAGAGUGCCCUAGGAGACUGAUCAUCUACAACCAUCACAACCACAAGGUCUUCCUUAUCCUUGUGCCACUUAUGGCGGGUUUGAAGGGCAGGUAAGUAGUUCCGUGUGAAGCAGUGCCAGAAAUGGUCGGCUAGAACCUGGCUGUGUCUCCAUCUUUUGCAACUGAGCAGUUCAGACUCUGGGUAGACCACCUGUGGUAGGGACGAGUCUGGCCGUCCCAUGAGAAGAGAGUUAGGAGUGAUUGGAUCCAGAUCUGUGAUGUCCAACGACACAUAUCCCAAGGGCUUGGAGUUCAAGAUCCCUUCUAUUUCAAUUAGGACAGUCCUCGGCACCUCUUCGGAGAUGGACUGUGCGCCAAGGUGGUUUGCAGGGCAGUCUUGAUGGAUCUGAGCUCCCUCUCCCAGCAUUCUCCAAAGUGUGGUGCACUUGGUAGGUUGAAGGCGAAGCGAAUCUUCUGACUGGCUAACUGUUCCUGGAGCUGUUGGUGAAGAGUCAUGCAGGCCUCCUCUAGCUCUCGCUCCCCUCCCUUGAAAUUUGUACUUCGAUCGGACAGGAUCUCAAAGGGCUUUCCUCUUUGAGCGAUGAAGCGUCUCAACGCCAUUAGGAACGAAUCGGAGUCCAUGUUCGUCAGUAGAUCCACGUGUACAACCCAGGUGGUCAUGCACUUAAAGAUGAUGCCCCAUCUCUUUUCUUCCGCCAAUCUUGAUGAUAUACAGUCCAAUGCAGUCCAUGCCUGUAGAAUAGAAUGUAGGCUUGUGGAGCCGCGGUCAUGCUGGAGGCAGGUCAGCCAUCCUAGGCACAUCAGGCUGGCCUUGCCACUUCCUGCAGUCGUAACUCAGCAAACCCCCUCCCUGGGCCGGGUGCCUCAGCUGCUCAUCAUAUUUCUUGAUCAGCAACCUGGUGAGCGGAUGACCUGGGUUCAGAACUACUGGGUGAAGAACAUCAGGGCACAGCUGGUCACACCUCCGAAGGCGACCUCCAACAUGAAUCAGUCCGGUGUCGUUGUCUUACUCUGGGACCAGCGUCACCAGACGGCUGCUCGGAGACUCUGGCUUGCUUGCCUCAAGUAGGGAGAGGUCUUCUGGGAAGCUCUCAGACUGAGCAUGUCUGAGUACUUUGAGUUCUGCCUGCUUGAAAUUGUCAGCUGAAGGGCUGUUGGCACUACUGGCCACCCCAUGUAGCAACUGCACUGUGCCUUCCACCAGCUCCUGGAAAGUGUUGAACUGGGCAACAUCAGGGAUAGACGACUUGAUGUCCGCUGACAGGAGUCCACAGAAGGUAGGCUUCCGCAGCUCCUCUGUUUCAUCAGGAGGUACUUGGUCUGGUCUUCUCGGCCAGGAUGACUGGACCUGCCACAGGAAUGGAGGACCUUGACUCCAACGGUUGUGUUCUGAAAGCUGAGACAGCGUCUUGCCAUGUGUGAUAUCGUCAGAGCCUCUGGACCACAACCUUGGCCCCUGUGGUGUAUGGGACGAUGAAGCCGAGUGGAUCGUACUGGCUGGCAAGGAUCUGAUAUAUGUUGUGCAUGGUGGGUUCAACUUUCUCUAUGUGACCGUGGUUGUAGCCGAGAGUAUCAGACAGACAUUGCCUUCAUUUUCCAAGGGUGCCCUCUUGGGGUUCCACGCCAUCCUGGGUAAACCACAGCUCACUGCUCUCCGACCUGAACUCUUGAGGUAGGUGUCCGAUGACUGCUUGAAGGUUGCUGGCCCACUGGCGUAGAUCGAAUCCUCCCUCAGCAAGAAGGUUCUUCAGCUUGUCCACCAGUUUCUUGGCUUCAUCCUCAGAGGGGAGGCUUUGUAGACAGUUGUCUACAUAUAAACAGCGUUCUACAGAGAAGCGCACAUCUUCUUCGGGCUCACUGUGGUCGAAAACAUGCUUCUGAAGGGAAAACGUGGCGCAGCAGGGGCUACAUGUUGUCCCAAAGGGAAAAACCUGCCACUCAGGGUAAUCAUCACGGUUUAGGUCUCGCUACAGAAACUGGAGAAGAGGCUGGUCUUCGGUAGCAUGCGGACUUGAUGGAACAUCCCUUUUAUGUCACUGCUGAUGGCCACAAAGUGUUCCCAGAAAUGGAGAAGGACUCCAAGCAGAGUAGCUCCCAAUGUAGGUACGGCAAAGAGUUGUUCAUUCAAGCUCUUGCCUCUGUAGUUGAAGGAACAGUUGAAGAUGACCCUGUUUUUCUCAUUGUGAUGGGCCAUAUGAUGGGGAAUGUACCAACCUUGGUACUCUUGGUUGGUGCAUUGAUUCAUGUAAUGCUGCAUGGUGUUGCAGAAUGGACAAUACUUCCUCGGCUUCUCCCGUGACCUUUCCUCCGGAAAUUGGUUCUGUGAAGAGACUUCGAUUUCAUCCUUUCUCUGCUCACCUCAGUGGAGGAUGGUGGUGGUCUUGAGGAAUGAUUUGUCUUAACGCUGAACUCGGCGUGAGCUAGGGUGGUCCCUGCUUUGGUCGCUACUGAACUGUGUGCCAUCUCCUUGCACUCUCACCUCGUACUCGAGCCACUCUGCCAGGUGAAGGAGGGUUGGAAUUGGUGUCUUGAUGGGGUUCACACAUCUCUUGAAGCUGGCUCUUAAGUCGUGUGGUAACUUAGCUAAGAGGCGGGAGACAUGUUAGCCACACCUCAGUUCUGUCUUUCCAUUACUCCCUAGCUGAUCCAACAUGCCAACCAAGGCACGCACCCUCAAAGCGAAUCUUCGGAAUGCCUUGUUGUCACCACUCUUGAUGUUGGGGCCAUCCAUUAACCCUGCGAUGCGUUGGAGGGCAAGCUGGUGGGGCUGGCCAUACAGUUCUGUGAGGGACUCCAUGAUGUCACUGUAUGGGUACCUGCUGUUGCUGUAGGAGUCAGCAAUUAGCAAAGCCUCUUCCAACUGCAGGUGGCCCACCAAUAUCUGAAACUUGAAGCACUCUGUAACAUCUACAGGCAGCACAUUGUCAUCUUCAGCCUUGCAAACUCUUGUGGGUCUUCAUUGAUGAAGUUGGGGAUAGUAGGAGUUGGUUCACGGUAGACGCGCUCCCGGCUGGGUGGAGAAGGUGUGAGGUAGCGGACUGGUGAGUGCCGACAACGAUCAGGUGAGUAGUCACGGCGGUGACGGUCAGGUGAGUAGUCACGGCGGCGACAGUCAGGUGCGGGCUGACGACGGCGAUCAGGUGUAGGCUGACCAUAAUGGUCAGGUGAGUAGUCGCGGCGUCGAUGGUCAGGUGUGGGCUGACGACGGCAAUCUGGUGUAGGCUGACCACAGCGAUUAGGUGAGGGCUGAAGUUGGCGAUCAUGUGAAGUCAGCCCUCUAGGUGGCGCUGUAGGGCUAUGAGUUCUGCAAUGAAAAGUGACCGGUCUCGCUGGUGUGAUGGCUCACGAUGGCGAGGGGUUGACCGAGUAGAUGAUGACGAUGAGGAUGACUGGUCUGAGAAAGAGAACCCUCUGAUCCGAAGGUUGUCAAUGAGCUGCUCUAUCUUGUCACGCUGCCUUUGUGACUGCAGUUUAUCAUCUCUGGUUGUCACCAGCUGUGCCCGCUCAGGC